UAUUGAGACUAUAAAUAUGUUAUUUCCGGUUGGAAGGUGAAAUGAAAAAAAUGAAAUAAUAAACACACUAUUUAGUAGUUUACGCUGAAUUUUUGCUUCAAAUAAAUAUUUUUUCUGAUAGAUAAAUGAAGAAUAAAGACCAUAAAUAUGUCAAAUCAAAGUGAUUUGCCCCUGCCGCGGCUGAGUGAAGACCAUUUAGCCAAGUCCCCAGAGGAGGUUUUUGAUUUACUAGGCAAACUUGGAGAAGGCUCAUAUGGCAGUGUAUAUAAAUCCCUCCACAAGGAGUCUGGUCAGGUUCUGGCUAUUAAACAGGUUCCAGUGGAUACAGAUCUUCAGGAAAUCAUCAAGGAGAUUUCCAUCAUGCAGCAAUGUGACAGUCCAUACAUCGUCAAAUAUUACGGCAGUUAUUUCAAAAACACAGACUUAUGGAUUGUGAUGGAGUAUUGUGGUGCUGGGUCUGUGGCAGAUAUUAUGAGAUUACGCAACAAAGUGUUAAAUGAAGAAGAGAUUGCAACUAUUUUAUACUACACAUUGAAGGGAUUAGAAUACCUCCAUUCGAAGAGAAAAAUUCAUCGAGAUAUAAAAGCGGGAAAUAUCCUACUGAAUACAGAAGGUCAUGCUAAACUGGCUGACUUUGGGGUUGCUGGUCAACUCACAGACACAAUGGCAAAACGUAAUACUGUGAUAGGAACACCUUACUGGAUGGCUCCUGAGGUCAUACAAGAGAUUGGUUAUGACUGUGUAGCAGAUAUAUGGAGUUUAGGUAUUACUGCAUUAGAGAUGGCGGAGGGAAAACCACCAUAUGGCGACAUUCAUCCAAUGAGGGCAAUAUUUAUGAUCCCUACAAAGCCGCCUCCAUCAUUUAGAAACCCGGAUAAAUGGUCACCAGAGUUUAUAGACUUUGUCUCAAAAUGUCUCGUCAAAAACCCAGAGCAGAGAAUAACAGCUCAAGAAUUAUUAGAGCAUGAGUUUGUGAGGAAUGCAAAGCCUGUGACAGUAUUACAGAAGAUGAUACUAGAAGCCAAAGAAAUACAGGAAGAACAAACACUAAACACAGUGAAUGGAGAUGAAUCUGGUGAGGAUGAUCAAGAAGGAGGAACCAUGUUAAGAAAUGAUGAGGGAACUAUGAAAGGAUCUCAAGCAGGUACACUUCAGUCCGAGAGUGGCACAGUUAUAUGUAACAGUGAAGCAUCGACGAUGGUUGACUCAGAUCUUGGUACCAUGGUAAUUAACGAGUCCGAGGAGGAAGAUGAUGGGACAAUGAAACGUCAAGACACAAUGUCCAGUGGUGUGUCUAGUCUCACCAGUGUCUCCAGUUUUGUCAGACACAGUACAGCAACAGGAGGUAAGGAGAAGUAUCGUCCGUCCUAUCUGGAUCAUUUUGAGAAGAAAGAACAGGAAUCUCAGUCCCAGCGUACACAACCACCAGCCCCAGCCCCUCAGCCAGUGCCACAGAAACAGGUCACACCGCCUCAUCACUUCCAGAGGUCACUCAUUGAUGGUGACUUUGAAUUUUUACGUAAUCUGGCAUAUGAAGAGCUGGAGAGGAGACUGGCUGACCUUGAUCCAGAAAUGGAACGUGAAAUUGAUGAACUGAGGGCAAGAUUCCAAGCUAAAAGACAACCCAUUCUAGAAGCCAUAGAUGCUAAAAAGAAAAGACAGCAGAAUUUCUAGGAGGGUUUAACAUGUAUUUCAUGAGAUGGUCAUUUCAGCAUGUGUGUGUUCAAGUAUUAUCAAGAAAUAGUCAUCAGUGAUUCUCCUGCAGGCAUUUUGCAGAAAAUAAAUAAAUUACACGGCUAUGUACAAUCUUAUAUGUGCAUAUACAGGGACGAAUUAGGCGUAAAUAAAUGGCCUGUUACAAUAUAGGACCUGCUGUGUACAACUUUAGCUAUUUGUUCACUGGUGAAUACUUUUCCUCUUUCUUCAAGAAAUAAUAAAGGAAGUGGAAAAAAAUGAUUUUGGUAGUCAUUAGAAUUGUUGCAGACUUUUUACCUUCUAUAUGUAUCAUUUAUUCUUGAUAUUGCAAAAAUUCAUGUUUGUGAAUUAUUACCAAACUAGAUAUAUCAAUCAGUAACAAAUAUGGUCAUAUUGUAAACUUCAAUUUGAAUUGAAAAAAAUAUAUAUAUAGCCCAGACAGUUAUUUUAUCUUUAAAUAAAAUCAUUGUUAGGAGUUAGAUGUGUAGGAGUUGUUGCCCUUAGGAUAUAAUUAUACUUCUGGAUGACAACUACUUAUUUAACUCAAAGCAUGCAAUCAGUUUGAGAUGUAUUACUUCAGCUCUUACACAACAUCUACCAAAAAUUUGAGUUGCAUUAAAGUUGCAACUCGUGUUUUGAUACAAAAACUAUAGAAGUUCCAGAAAUACCUGGUAGCUGUGUUGGAGCAUUUGAAGAAGCAAGCAUAGGUACUAAGACCUGAAUGGCUUUCUUUGCUCUAUGUUAUCCUGAGUCAGGAAAUUACUAACACCAUGUUGGAAUAUCUUGUUUUGAUCAUUUUGUUGCAUAUGCACUGAUUAAUUUGAUUGGGAAAAAAAUCAGGGAAAAUAUUGCUGUAUAAAAAAAGGAUUGGAAAAGCAAAAUGUUCAUUGCGGGAUAGUUUAAUCAUGUUUAAUAAUUUACCAAUACAGUCAACUGCAGCAAAUGAUACUGGGUAUAUAGUUGAUAAAUACGAUAGCACUUUUCUAAUAAGAGUGGUUCUACGAAAUAGUGAUCUUAAUAGUGGGGUGGUCUUAAUGCAGAGUUGGUCGUAUUACAGGAUUCUGCUGUAUAGGAAUCAAGCAUGGUAGAUGUAUCAAAAAUAUUAUCAGGUUGACCAUUGAGGAGAGAAAACUAAUGAACUCUAGUUUACAUAAAUAUGGAAAUGGACCAAAAGAAAUAAUACUGUAUAGAAAGUUAAUGUAAAACUAGGAACAUAAUAUAAAACAUUUUAAUUUAACUUAAAUUUUUAUGAUAUUUUGUAAUAGUUUGUUUUACUGUAUGUUAAGUUAGUAGAUUUUUAAGUUACAGCAGUUUAUGUGACAGGCAUUUUAUGAAUUAAGUAUCAUGUACUUUAAGCUGUACCAUUUCCAUCUCUUCACUAAAAAUAGUUUAUCUAAAUCAAGAAAAUCCUGUUAAAAUUUAUUUAAAUUGGCUAAAUAUAUAUACUAACUGUGUUUAGAGAUACAGUCGCAAAAAGUUUUUAGAAAAAAACUUGGAUUUAUAGUGGUACUAGUAGUGUGACAUAAUUACAUUGUGUUAAGUUGUGUGUAAAAUAUUUUUUUCGCAACAUACAAUACUGUUUACCCAAACAAAAUUGUUCAUUUUAUGUUAACAAAGGUACUGGGUAGAAAUUAAUUAUAUUUACAGCUUUGAAAUUUAGAUAUAAUAUAUUUUAAGCUUUUUUUAAUUAGAUGAGUUGUUUUGCAGUUUUCCUGAAUAAAAUGUUCAGUUUCUAUCUGCCCUAUAUUGUUCUGGGAUGCAGAACCUCUACCUUGCCCUUGCAUGACUAACAGGUGACUUAUAGAGUCUGAACACUUGGUUUUGCUGAAUCCUUUAAGUGUUAAAGUUUUUAUUCCAUCUCAUAUUUUUAUUUCUAUGUAAAUGAGAUGUAAAAUCAAACUUUUUCAUCCUUCUUGAAGCCAUAGAAUCUGUCUGUUAAACCCCAAAUGAAAUCAGUUUCAUUUCUGGAAAAAAAAUACGUGAAUUUAGCUUUGACUGUCAUGAUUGUCUUGUUUAAAACAACUGUUGUUGAAACUACAGGUGUUAUUUUACAUAUGGUGCUCUUGUUAAAGAUUGUACAAGAUGUUUUCAAUGGUAAUAUUUUAAUGAAAUGUAAAAAUGUAAUAUUUUAGGUGAGUCACAGUAUACAGUAGUGUCUAGGUGUAUUAAUUCAUUCAUAAAGUAUUUAUAGAAGACAGGUCCAUGCAACUAUGAUAUUCUAUAUUAGAUGUUUGAUACAGCUGUUGUAUGGGGGCUUAUACUUAAGUGAAUUUGAAAUUGUACUUAAAGAAUAUUUAUAUUCAUUCUAUUAUUGAUGUCAAAAAUUCAGAAUAUUAACCAAUUUUAGCUGUAAACAUUUGUAAAACUUUUGUAAAACCUAACUGUGUUUUUUCAGAACCAUAGACGUUUGCUUAUAGUGAAGCUACAUGACUGUAGACUGUUUUUAGCAGAGGCUUAUUGUUAUGAGCAUGGAUUAACUAUGAAUGCACAUACAUUUAUUGAAAUUUCAAGAAAGGAAAUUGUAAAUUAUUUAGUUCUGUCAGUAUGAAAUUUUAUUGUUUUUUAUAGCCAAAACAGCUUUUUUGAGAGAAUGUGAGCAAACUGAUAACAUCCCUUAAAAUAUAAAAUAAAUUGAAAUUUUAUUUGUUCAUUGGGUCUUGUUGAUUUACACAACCUUAAAAUCCAAGAAAAUUAGUUCUCCACAAAUAGCGCUUCCACAGUAUAUAGAACACAGGUUUUCCCAAAGAAUUUUUUGUGCAAAAUGGUUUAACUUAGGUACUACUUUAUUCUGUGUCAAAUUGCACAAUAUGUGUACAUAUAUUUAUUUUGUGUGUAGAGUCUUCACAGCCGUUUUCUUGUAAUGGCAGUAUGUAUAAAAUUAUCAAACUAGUUAUUGAAAAAGAAUAUAACGAUCGUAUAUGACUGCCUGUGUAAUACAGGGUUUUCCAAACGGGAGGAACAGCAUAGGGUGGAAUGCCAAGGGCUAGCUUUUUAUUCACGCAGUUCUAAUGGUUGGGAAAACAUCAGUCUUACUCAGGUAGACACAUAGAUCAUUUUUCUUGCCUAACAUUAAUAUGAUUGCAACAUUUUCAAAGAUAUUAUAAAUUUUUAAUUGCUCAUUUGCUAUGACGUCAGAUUAUGGCGUCAGUCUGCACACAUGUAGGUUAACUUUUUCUAAGGAAAAAGAUGAGGUUAUCUCAUACCUGGAUAACCUUAUCUUUUUCCUGCUCGAUAGGCAUGAAUACUUGAUCUUUUCAGAAAGAAAAGGCGUUGAUGAUGAGCACUGAAUGUGCAACAUGCAAGCUUAUACAGCCAUAUGAGCCAUGCCUUGAGAAAACCAACAUAGUGGCAUCCGCGCAGUCUGGUCAGGAUCCAUGCUGUUCGCUUUCAAAGCCUAUUGCAAUUAGAGAAACUGUUAGCGAAGCAUGGAUCCUGACCAGACUGCGCGGAUGAGCAGGCUGGUCUGGAUCCAUGCUGGUCGCAAAGCCACUAUGUUGGUUUUCUCAUGGCGUGGCUCAAAUUGUUUAAAUCUUUGAAGAAAAAAAAAAAAAAGAAUUUUGCAGCAAAACUUUUUUCCUUUGUCAGAAAAAUAAAAUCUGCAUGCAUGCAUGUUGUUUUGAGUUUAUUACUACUGUUAUACCAGCUAGAAAAGCUACUGUUGUGACAUUAAAAAAGUUUAACAUGUAUUGAAAUAUUGAUAGAAUAUUGGCUAUGUAAAUGUACUAUAUACAUCUGUAGACAUUAUUUUGUACUUCGUAACUCAGUAUUUAAAGUGAAUUACUACACACUGGUUCUGUAACUUCUUGCAAUUUUGUUUUAGUGUGAUACUUAUUAUUUUUCCUUGCCAUGCAUGCUUUAUCAGUACCUUGGGAAAUAAAUGAGUCUUAUAAAGUUCUUUUAAAAGAUCAGAGUGAUUUUUCAGUGCAACUAUUGUCAACCAAAGAUCUGACAUGAAAAAGAUUUGAAACUCUCAAAAGAAGAAAGAGGGAAAUCUCCCAAAAUCUUGUGACAACCAAAUUGAGAUUUCAUUUAUCAAUGAAGAUGCUUUUGUUUCUGUUAACUUAAUAAGCGUCUAGGUGUUUCAUGUUUGAUCACUUAUCUAACUUAAUAAGCGUCUAGGUGUUUCAUGUUUGAUCACUAUGAUAAGAGAUUUCACGAGAAAAAUAGCCAGUUUCAGUUUUGUUGUUUAUUAUUUCUUUGGUCAGUUUGACACAGUAUGAUACAUCUGAAGUCAAUUGUCCUCCACCUCUGAUUCUUUUGGGGAAGUUGUCAGUUACUUGUGGAGACAAAUAUAGACACUAAAGCCAUAAAUGACAUACACUAAAUCACAGUCUGUUCUACAUUCAUGUAAAAA